AUGGGACGUCCUGAGGCACAAACUUGUGAUGCUCAACCGCAUCCUCUUGAACAUCAACCAAACCAGGCGCCGUUCAAAUUCGCAGUACAUGCGCAACAACCCCAGCAGCAGCUGCCUGCAGAACAGCUUCCGCCUCCAAAUAACCCCUCUACUGUUAUAGAACCUAGUCCUGAUCACGAGGCAGAUGAUGAUCAUCAUGAACAUCAAGCAAUUGCAAACCAUCAUGAUCAAACUCAUGAACAUCAAGCCAUGCAGCCCCACUAUAACCCUCUACAGCUUGCACCCCAAAACCCCUCCCACAGCGUUGGAACAUCACGUCCUGAUCAUCAUCAACAACCCCGGCCUUUACAUCUUGCGGCACAAUUGCCACCCACAAACCCCUAUAACACCAAUCUCAUGUUACACCAUUAUCAUUGGCCUCACCAUAAUUAUAAUGCGCCUGCACCACCAGCGGCAUACCAAGUACACCCCCAACAACAAGCAUUGAUGCCAACUGGCCCAGCAGCACCACGCCCACAUCCAACUCCAACUCCAUAUUAUCCUCCUCUUCCUGUUCCUCUUCCUCUUCCUCAUCAUCAUCACCACGCUUCUUCUGAUCCCGCAAUUUAUUAUACUACACCACAAGUGCUUUUCCCUCCUCCGGCUGCUUACCAAUUUGUUCCUCGUCACUCUGGACAACUGCAAUAUUAUAGCAAUCCUGUUGCUGCAGCUAGAAAUCAGCUGCCGCCUCUACAUUAUAACCCUAAUUAUAUUGCAGAAACAGGAAUACCCGUCCAAAAUGUUCAAUACCUACCAAUGCUGCUGCCUCAGCCCGCUGGCAUAGACGGUGCUUGGAAAACAGGGCUUUUUCAGUGCUUAGAUGACCCCCCAAAUGCUAUCAUGACGUUAUUCUGCCCGUGCUGGACAUUCGGUCAGGUUGCAGAGAUUGUCAACAAUGGUCAAACCUCGUGCGCAGUCAAUUCACUGAUUUACAUGCUGAUUACGGUGUGCAUCUUUGUGCCAUGCUUGCUAUCAUGCACAUAUCGGAAAAAGCUAAGGAACAAGUUUGACCUACCUGAAAGCCCUGCUCCCGACUGCAUCAUUCACUUCUUAUGUGAGUGGUGUGCUCUCUGCCAAGAACAUAGGGAGCUCGAGCUCAGAGGCCUGGACCCUUCUUUAGGAUGGGUGGGAAACAUGGAGCAUAUGCAGAGGUUGCAGCAAAAGCGGCAAGCUGCCAUGGCUCCCCCAGCGACCCAAAGAAUGACUGGAUAUUAA